AUGCGGCUGAGCGAAAUACAUGCUAAAGACAGCAGUGACAUUCCUUGCUCCCUCAAUAUUGAAUCUAUUAUUGAUGUCAAAAGUGAUGGUAAUUGCGGUUAUCGUGUGAUUGCCUUAGCCGAUAGGAACAAUGAAGAUGAUUACGAACUUAUUAAAGAGAGCAUGCUUGAUGAGCUACGGCUUCAUAAUCAUGACUAUUUGGAAAUAUAUGGGUGUGAGAAGCGUUUGGCUUAUAUCACAGAUGCACUCUUGCCAUCAAAGAGAAAGUCCAAGAGACGCGGUGUUGCAUUGAUCGAAAAAUGGUUAACCUUCCCGGAUAUGGGACACAUUGUAGCUUCUAUUUUGGGCAAAGCAGUCGUUAAGUUGACGAAACAAGGAGCAUCCGAGACAUUUUUUCCAUUGCGUGGUGUCCCAUCAUCCGACCCUUAUUCGCUGGUUAUUUGUGUUGGAGCUAUUCCCGAUCAUUAUGUCUAUGUCAAGUUGAAGGAUGGUUGUCCGAUACCUCCAACGUGUGUUCAAUGGAAGCAACAUUGUUCACAAGAAGCUAUUGUUUGGGAGUCAUAUUUUGCUAUUCAACAAGCCAAAUAUAGUAAACUAAUGCACGAGCAAAUGUCCACGACAAGAAGAGUGCCCGUGCUGGUUCCAGUUUUGUGA